CCAUCUCUCUCUCGUCUUGUGCCUUCGAAGCUCCCGUUUCCACUUCAGAUCGACGUAACUCCCUCCUCCCUUAAAAAAUCCCAACUUUCUGUCCCCCUUUCCAGUGCAUUACGCCGGAAUCUCAUCGAGAGCUUCUUUGAAUCUCCGGCGACAGUUCUCUCUAGGGUUUUAGUUCCGUCUCUGCAACAAAGGGAAGACCUUUCGCGCCGUUUCUUGGUAUGGUAUUUCAUGUUUUCGAUAGUAGUGGUAUGUUGUGUAAUUUGUACUGUGUUCAUGCCUAUGGAAUACGUGUUUCUGUAUAGCUUCUGGGCUUUCCUUCUGCUUGAUUUCUUGUUUUAUAAUGGGUUCUGGGAUUUUGGAUUUAAACAUAUUGGGAAUGGGAGCAAUAUGUGUAUCUGUGACUGAGUAUGGGUUUUGGAGCGGGGAAGGAAAUUAGGGUUUAGGGUUUAUUUGAGUGAUGAAGUUGAAUUGGAUAAUUGUUAGGGGUGAUUUCUAUCUUCAUAUUAAUUAGUUGGUUUUUUGUGGAUUUUUCAUUCCGGUAUAUGGGAGAUUUUUGGCUUCUAGUAUGGAUAGAUUUAGGUACUUUCUUCAUUGUUAUCAUCACGACGUGUUUCCGCAGAUUUUGGUAAUGAAAUGGUUUUACAACUCUUGUGUUCAUUCAGCAUUCCUUUGUUUGAAGGAAGGAUUUUUGUUAUAUGUAUGAAGUUUGGUUACUAUUCAGUUACUAGACUAGAGUUAGGCUUCAGACUUCAGACUUUGGAGAAUGUUAGUCCUUUGUUUUUGUUUUUUUAGUUUUCAUUUCAUAUCUCAAAUUCUGAAAUUUUCACCUAACAUAAUGUUAUGUACAAAUGCGGUGGAUGUAUGUAUAUGUAAGUACCAACUUUUUGACUUGUGCUGGCUAAUCAUUUUCUUGAUCUGUAUUUUUCAGAAUCUAUACAAAACAGGGGAACUGACUCAAUCCCCAGCUCACCUCUGUUCUAGAUGGCUUGAGAAGCGGCUGCAUUUGAAUCAAGAAGAAUCAAGUAUGCUUCUGUGCAGAGUUCUUAGUUGGGACUGUGAAAGAGAUGGGUAGAUAAAAGGGCAUCAAUUCAGUGAAGUUUCUUUUUUCUUCAUCUUCUAUUGUCUGGUUCUUUGUUCCAAAACUUCCUUUUGCUGCUUUUUUUUUAUUAUUACAUGUAGAAGAGAGAGCUUUAGAUUGACACUGGUUCCCUUGGUCGUCUUGUUCCCACUCAUUGAAAAGUGGAUGCCUAUACUCCUCGGGAUUUUAUUCUUCUACAAAAUCCAUAGCCUACAUAAUGCAUUCACU